CUGUAGUACUGCAAUGAUUUGUUUACAUUGAGUACACUAACAAUUAGAAGAUUCAUAACUAUCUUUAAAGUGUAUAACCUUUGUACCUAUAAUAUGUCAUGAGAUGCGUCAAGAUUGGGGAAGCUAAGGGGUAAUACUGAAAUUGAAUCUUAUGGACUAGUGUAUAACUGUUGGAAAUGGAAACCUUUCAGACAAAAUAUAAAGUGUUGGAGAAAAUAGGAGAAGGGUCUUUUUCUGAAGUGAUGAAAUGUGAAAAUAGGGCAUCGCAAAAAUGUUAUGCAGCUAAAAAGUUGAAGAAGGUAUACAAAACGGAAGCAACUAUCAUGAAUUGUGCGGAAUUAGUAGCAGCACAAAAAAUUCCUCAUCACCCCAACAUUGUAAACAUGUUAGAGUACCACUAGUAUUGAUUCUUUCAGUGGACAACUAAUUUUUAUUUCCGAGCUAAUGGAUAUGAGUUUGCACGAUUUUCUGAAAACUAAAAGAAGGGGGCUUUCUGAGCAUAGAGCAAGGAACUAUUUAUACCAACUUCUUAAAGGUUUAGAACAUUUACACAAACAUGGCCUUUUUCACAGAGACGUAAAACCUGAAAAUAUUUUAAUGAAAUUUCCAUCACUUCUUUAUGCAUCGUUGUCGGAAGCUUGCACAUACCGGUAGCUUUUUGCUAAGCUGCUGAAAGAAGAGUGUGCCAAUGACCUACAGAUACAUAAUAGGCACAUGGACGGACGUUCAAAACAAAUGCAGCUUUAAUUGAAUUCCAUGGACACCACUAUCAACAGCGCGAUGGAGUUGCUACUUUUCCGCACGCAUUUCAGUUUGGAAAAGUGUCACUUAUUCGCACACUGUGCGGAAAGGUAAAAAUGUCAACGGAUGUUAAAUUUAAUCGUUGUUUGAGUGCACUACGACCCUAUCCAGGAUUCUGUCGUGCGCCAUAAAUUUUCAAGCAAGAAAUCAUCAAGUUAGCUGACUUGGGAUCCAUAAGGGGUAUCUUCAGCAGGCCACCUUAUACUGAAUAUAUCUCCACCAGAUGGUAUAGAUCUCCAGAAUGCUUGUUGACUGUUGGUCAAUAUGGUGCCAAAAUGGAUAUAUGGGCAGCCGGAUGUGUCUUCUAUGAAAUGCUGACGUCAAGACCCAUUUUUCCUGGGUCAGAUGAAAUAGACCAACUGCACAAAAUACAUGAAGUUUUAGGAUCACCGUCCAUACAAUUCUUAGGUAAAUUGAAAUCUAGGUCUAGGAAUUAUAUUUUCUUUCCGAAGCAACAAGGAUCAGGCUUAGACACCUUGAUAUCAAGGCAUUCCCGUCACGGUAGAGACAUAAUGAGUCUUAUGUUAGAAUAUGAUGCAGAGAAAAGGUCAAAUGUCAAGCGUCUCCUCAUGCAUUGCUACUUUGAUGAAAUACGAGAGCAGUCCAAAGAUAUCUCAAGACCAGAAAAGUGGUUUAAAACAAAAGAGGGCACUAAGAGGUGCAUGGGAGAUACUGGUGUAACUUGCACCUCAAAAUUGAAGAAACAACCGAGGUGUGAACAGUUUCUGGAUGAGAUCAGGAGGAGCAGUAAGGGAAGUAGUAGCAAAUGCAGUUCCAAAAGUAAUGGCAGCAGUAAAGAACAAAUCAAAUCCAUCACAUUGCCUUCUAUACAAAUUCCCUACUAUACUGGAGUGCUACCUAAAAAGACCGAGAAUGCUGAUCUGGCAUCACUACCUUUGGUUGAUUACAAGGUGAUCUGUCAGAUAAACCAGGACAUUCAUCACAAUUCCACCGAUUAUCUGAACCGGAAAAUGGAGAAAACAACGCAUACGAGGUCCCAUAGUCUAGGGAAAUGUGCAGUGAAAAUGAGCAAUCUAGAUCCCCAGGUGCAGAGUCAACCAGGCAUGGCAAAUAUUCACCAGUUACAAUCUAAAUCAGUGGUACUUCCAAAAAAAGUAUUCCAACGAAAGAAAAGGAGUAACAGCGAAAAUGAUAAGUCUGCUAUGUCAAGAAUGAGAUUACAUAACUGCCAUAGAUGUUCAUAGUUUAUGGGUUGUCAUAAAAUGUCCAUAGUAACUGUACGAGUUAUCAAUAAAACGAUGUAGAUGGCGUGUUGCGAAG